AUGUCAAUCAGCGCGACCCAGACCAUCCAACAGCCCACCAUCGCGGCCAGGACUCCUGCUGAGGUGGCUGCAAAGACAACCCAUGUGUCUCAAGCGAAGGUCAACAAUGCUGCCACUCCUAAUUCUCUAGCAGUCGCGACUGGAGGUUAUGCAUUCCCUGGUUUGCCUCAAAUUGACGACCCAUAUAAGAAGCGACAAUGGCAGCUUGAGCACAUGGCUGGUGCCUUCAGGGUCUUUGCCCGCAAGGGCUUCACUGAAGGGACCAGCGGACACAUCAGCGUCCGCGACCCCGUUGACCCCGAGACCUUCUGGAUCAACCCUAUGGGUGUUCACUUUGGAAUGCUAAAGGCCAGUGAUAUGGUUCAUAUCAAUGACCAGGGGCAGGUUAUCGGAGGAAACAGAGUGGCUAUUAACGCUGCCGGCUUUAUCAUUCACAGCGCCAUUCACCGUGCUCGUCCCGACAUUCAUGCCGCCUGCCAUAUGCACUCGCCCAACGGAAAAGCAUGGUCUACCUUCGGCCGACCUCUAGACAUUAUUAACCAAGACUCAUGCAACUUCUACGGCACCCAGGCCGUAUAUCGCGACUUUGGAGGUGUUGUAAUUGGUGAAGAUGAGGGGCAGAAGAUUGUGGAUGCACUCGGGCCCAAGGGCCGCGUCAUUAUUUUGCAGAACCACGGCCUUCUAACCACAGGCGGAACCGUCGAUGAGGCUGCCUAUCUUUUCACUUGCAUGGAACGAACCUGCGAAGUCCAGAUCAAGGCGGAAUCAACAGGCCUUCCGAAAAACAUUAUUAGUGACGAAGCAGCCGAGUUCACAGCUAGAGUCAAUUCUGAUCCCGAAACUCUUUACACCGAAUUUCAACCAGACUUCGAAUUUGAGAUCUGGAAGUCCCAGGGUGAGCUCAGGAAAGGUGAUGUUUAA